AAUAUAUAGAUUCUGAAUAUUUAAUAAUAAUAAUAAAUAUUCUACACUACUAGUACACAGUAGGUACACAUUUUAAAAGUAUAAAACGUAUUAUAAUCGUCUCCGCAAAAAUACCCUAACCUAACCUAAUAACGGACUUGGUAUUUAUAUAAUAACACGCACAAUAAUAUUAUUAUACCUAUGUAUACCUAUUAUUUAUGUGUAUUUAUUUGUCGAGUGUAUACGUAUUGUUUCGUUUUUUUAUUGAAACGUGAUGUGUAAAAAUAAGUUGUCAAUUAAUUUGUGUGAAUAAUAUGUGUUUGGAACUGACAAUUACAUUAGCAGCAAAUGAUUGAAAUCGAAAUGAAAAUUUUUGAUUCUAGUUUCUAUUUAAUUUAUCAAUGUUCGUUUUUUCAUUUAAAUUUAAAAUAAUUUACUGUUUUUAUUAUUAUUAUUGCACGCUAUUGAUUUAAUUGUUUUAUGGUUAUUAAUAAGAUUUACAACAUGUAAAAUGGGGUUACUUUGAUAUUGUGGGGCUACUUUGAUAAUCGAGGUUUUGUUAUGAAAAUAUUGAUUAUAAUUGUUGAUAAUAUGUACAAAUUGUCGUUUUUAAUAUGUAGUCGUUUGGUACAACUAGUAUAGAACCCAAAUAUGUUGUUGAUAACACGUUCUUAUCGAUGAUUGUCUAGUUUUCGUUGUUGAUUCGUUUAGUUAUUAACUUACACGUUUUUUUUUUUGUUAUAUAAGAUCUGCGCAAAUGGCUCGCAAAUAUAGAAAAAAAAUUGGUGCUCGGUCUUAUAAAAAUUACUCAGAUGAGAUUUUAAAUGAAGCACUCGAUAAAAUUGCCAAUGGCGAGAUUUCAAUAUUAGCUGCUAGUAAGGCCUAUAAAAUUUCCUAUGGAACAUUACAUAAUAGGUUCAAUGGCAAGCAUGGAAAUAAGUGUGGGCAUCCAACAAUAUUUAGUGAACAAGAAGAAAUGUCUUUUCUUACAGAUGCCAUGAAGUGUGGAAAAUGGGGCUUCCCACUUACGCUAAUGGAUCUUAGAGUCAUUGCAAAAUCUUAUUUAGAUAGAAAAGGCAUUGUGGUUGAAUCAUUUUCAAAAAAUCUUCCUGGUAUAGAUUGGGCACGUAGUUUGUUAAAGAGAUAUAAUAAUAGUUUGUCAACGUGUGUAGCAACCAAUAUUGCCAGAUGUCGUGCAGAAGUCUCUCCCCAAUGUAUUUCAGAAUAUUUUGAUAAUUUGCAACAAGUAAUUGAACAUGUACCACCUCAAAAUAUUUAUAAUUAUGACGAAACAAAUUUACAAGAUAAUCCAGGGAAAAAAAAACUUAUUUUUCAACGUGGAAUAAAAUAUCCCGAACGUGUACAAAAUCAUUCUAAAUCAGCUACAUCUAUUAUGUUUUGUGGUUCUGCAACCGGGAUUCUUUUGCCACCAUAUUUCAUAUAUAAGGCAAAUGAAAUGUGGCAGCCAUGGACCGAAGGAGGACCAAAAGGCGCACCAUGUUGUCCUGAACCUUGUUGCUCUAGAGGAUCUCGUUACAAUCGUUCAUCUCAUGGAUGGAUUGAUAGCGUUACAUUUAAAGACUGGUUCCUAACUGCUUUUUUACCACAUGCUAAACGACAGCCUGGGAGAAAAGUUCUAAUAGGGGAUAACCUAUCAUCCCACAUUCAACAAGAAGUAAUUGUUGAAUGCGAACAAAAUGAUAUUGACUUUGUUUGCCUUCCUAAGAACUCUACUCAUCUAACCCAACCUCUAGAUGUUGGUUUUUUUAGACCUUUGAAACAAGCUUGGCGAAAUUCAUUAAACGAAUGGAAAAACCAAAAUACAAGAUUGAAGGCAAUUCCAAAAGCAUCAUUUCCUACUCUUGUACGAAAAGCAAUUGAUUGUAUGGAUAGUUAUAAUGGUGGUGGAUCAAUUGCCAAUGAUUUGCAAGCAUCUUUUAAAGCAACAGGCAUUUAUCCAUUGAAUAAACAAAAAGUGAUGGACAAAUUACCAAAUACUAAUGAUUCAGAUAUCUUAAUUAAUGACACUGUUACUGAUUAUUUGAAAAGUCAACGAUAUCCAAAUGCUGAUGAAAAUGCAAGGAAAAAAAGAAAAAAGAUUACAGUAGCAGCAGGAGUAAGUAUAACAGUGGCUACAUUUGGUGACAAUAAUAAUGAAAUUUCUGAUGAAGAGGUAGAAGUAAGCAAUUUUCCAAUCCUAACCAAUGACUCUGAGUCAGAACAUGAAGUGGUAGAUGACUCUAUACCAGAAUAUCAGCCACCAAGUAAAGAUAACAUAAAAAUUGGAACCUUUAUUUUAGUUAAUGUUAAAUUUGGUAAGCGUGGGAUGUCAAUUUAUGUUUAUCUUGCUGUAAUAAAAAAUAUCAAGGACAAUGUUAUCACAAUUACUGGACUUAAGUCAUUGGACACAACGAAACAAACAUUUAAAUUAGUAAAAGAUGAUGUGUUUGAAGUAAAUUUAGAACAAAUUCAAGCAGUUUUGAAGUAUCCUAAAGUUGAAGGCGUGGGGAAAUCUAUUAAAUACAAAUUUUCUUAUUCAUUGGAUGUAAGAGAAGCUUAAAGUUAUAACUUGAUAAAAUUUAGUUUAAAAAAGGCUAAAUAAAAUGUAAGUAACAUUUUAGUUAAUAUUGUUAUAAUUAACAUUAAUAAGUCUGCCAGAAAACAUAAGACUGAGUUAAAUGAAAAGAAGAUUAGGUAUUUGUUAUUGUUAUUUUCAUUAUGUUUUUUUAUUAUCUUUAUAAUUAUUAUAUGUUUAAGAUAUUGUAAAAAAAUAUUAUUUUUUAUUUAAUAUUGUAUUAAAAGACUAAAUAAAAUAUAGGUAACAUUUUAAUUAGUAUUGUUAUAAUUAACAUUAAUAAGUCUGCCAGAAAACAUAAGACUGAGUUAAAUGAAAAGAAGAUUAGGUAUUUGUUAUUGUUAUUUUCAUUAUGUUUUUUUAUUAUCUUUAUAAUUA